GACGCACCAGCUAUUCUCUCAGCCGCAUAGGAACAUGGAUUUGAUUUCCAAAAUCGAGCAGAAAGAGGAGCCAUAUGAGGGAAGUGACAUGGAUGACGGUAGUGUAUGUCAGUGAUGAUACGGCGCCUGGAAAUCGGACCGGGAAGGAGAAGCUAUGGGAAUUGGAAAGUAGAAGAAGAUCGAAAAAGGAGAGGGUUUUCACAUAAAAAAUUAUCAAUACAUCAGGGGUUCUUGAACCUUUGCAACAAACCUUUGUAACGGCGAGUUAAAAAAAAAGAUAGCGGGGGUUUAC